GAUUAUCGGAGUCUUUUGUGUUUGGCUUCAAACGUGUAUACAUGAUUAUAUGUAAAUGUUCUGGUUGAUCUUUGAUAACAUAUAAACAGAUGUAUUAUGGAUCGGAUUAAUGAGUGAUCACAGUCGGUUUAAAGUCGCUCUGUUGGGGUUUAUUCGGGUUUUGUGUCAGUCGGGUGCAGGUGGGUGCGGUUCAGAAAAACAUUCACUCGACAGAAGAGAUUCAGACCUUUAAUUGCGAUUAAAUGUCUUUUAUCAAGUCCAAACUUCAAACUGCAAUUAACAACAAUAUGAAGAACACGUUCAAAACCCUUCUGUUCAUAUCACUCUUGUGCGGAGUGAUUGGUGCUGAGACUGUUGAGUCGGUGACGGUGAUGGAGGGAGAUGUUGCUACUCUAAACACUGAUGAAAUACUGAACGAGGAUUGGAUAAAUUGGUAUUUUAAAGCUGAUAAGAACAUGCGCAUCGCACAGUUCAGAAGAACAGAGAUGAUGGCACUGACAUUUGACCUUGAAGAUGGGAGAUUCAGCGGGAGACUGCUGGUAAACACACAUUCGGGAUCCCUGACCAUCAAGAACUCCAGGAUAAAGCACUCUGGAAUAUAUGAACUCCACAUCAGCAGCAGAACAGACGUAUACAAAACUUUCAAUUUAACCGUCACCAGUGUGUCUGAAGCAGAGAAAGAUGAAAUAAAGACAUUGAUUAAGACGGAGGGAGAUUCUGUCACUCUACACACUGAAACUGCAAUACAGACCGAUGAUCUGAUACUGUGGAGGUUUGGAGAUGAGGGCAUCAUCGUAGCUAAAUUCGAUAGAGAUGGGGACAACAGGACCUCAUCAAGUGUUGAUGGACAAACUAAAAUGGUCUCAACAUAUUAUGUAGCUCAUGAGAGACUGCAACUGGACAAAGAGACUGGAUCUCUCACCAUCACACACAGCAGAACCACAGACACUGGACUUUAUAAAGUAAAAGUCAGCAGCAGCAGAGAGACCAUAUACAAGAAAUUCAGUGUUUAUGUCAGAGAUCACAGUGGCCAAUUCGUUUACAUACAUGCUACAGCUAAAGAUGCGGGUCUGUCUCCAGGUUCGGUUUCGGGAAUUGUUGUUGGAGUUCUGGGUGUCGUGGCUGCUGUUAUAACUAUGAUUUACAGUUACCGCAGGAUCUCUGAACUAAAAAAACAACUGGAUGAACUAAAACAAAAUGAUUUGUCAGCAAUACGGAGUGAAUCAGAGACCACAUCGAUGCCUUUGUGUGAAGCGGCAGCUAAUGGAGUGACGGAGGGAACAAGAUCUAUUUCAUGAGUUGAGACUCUCUGUAGGUUACAAUAAUGUGACAAGGAGUUCAAUCGGGCUAAUCAGCCGAGGAGAGGCCAAGCCGGAUGUGGUUUAGGUUCUGAAGAACUCGACCUGUGGAUUAUUUACAUUUAUCCAUUUGGCCGACACUUUUAUCCAAAGCGACUUAAGGCAGGUGCACACUGUACGAUGUUGGCCACGAAUCUGCCGUCUGAGACAAAUUUCGAGAGUCCUGCAGGAUUCUCUCAUCAGGGCAAAAUCGUCAAUCUUACAUCGUUCAGUGUGACAUGUUCACAGAAGUUCUGGCAGUGUUUGAGUGAAACUGUAAAACUUCAGAAAUAUGAAAGCAUCAUUCUCUGAAUUAAAUAAAUACAGACCUUACAAAACGAAAAUAAAUAAAUGAAUAAAUUAGGGCUGUCGAUUUAAUGCGUUAAUUCAGCGCGAUUCAUUUUACAAAAAGUAUCGCGUUAAAAAAAUUCACGCAAUUAAUCACAAGACCGUAAUAAGGAAGAUUUCUGAGAAAUGCUUGUAGUACCACCUGUUUACUCCAGAGGGCAGUAAGUGAAAUUUCAGCUGUAUGAGCAACACAGUCAGGGUUGCCAGAUUGGGCGGUUUUGCAAUCUUUUUUGCGGACAAAAAUGGGUUUGGGCGGGUGGAUAAAAAUUGGGCUGGUUUCGGAUCAGUUCGGCGGGUUUUUGUACCCAAAACAUCGGUACUUCAGAUCCUUCUUUCGGCGACUCAGAGUUCAGUAGCCCACUCUCACUCACUCACUCACUCUCUCACACACACACACACACACACACACACACACACACCCACACCCACACCCACACCCACCAGGUCUGGCUGACGUGCCCCCUAAACUCACAACAGACACUCCCUCCCUUCAGCUCACGACACGCACGGAUGGGCUAAGUCUAAGGUCGAUGUACUUUUGCGUCCAUUCCUUUUUCCUUUUUUAACUCCUAAUUGAAUAAUGAAAAACGUGCUUUCUUCUUUAUUCGUUUUUAGACUGGUGAAACGAUAUUCACAAACUUAUUUUCCUUAUAUAGGCCUACAAUGCUUAUAUUUAACUUAACAUAUAAAAAGAAAGCCUAAAACUAAAACAUUUCAAAAACUGUAAAAUGUUAAGUUAUAUAAAAAUAAAUUAUUUUAUGAUACACAUAUUACUGUCUUAAGUGAACUCAUUUAUAAACGCCAUUAAUAAUUGUCAUUAUUAUUAUUAGCCUAAAAAUCACCCACAGCCUAAAUCACCUCUGUAUUGUUCCAGAGACAUGCUCUUCUCAUUCAGCACUGCGGGAAAAAUAUAAUUUCCUGGUUUGGCCUUAGAAUACCAGUAAAAUCGACAUUUUCCAUAUUAAUUUGUGAAUAUUUUAAAUGUUUAAUAAAGGGGCAAAAAGUCUUAAACAAUACGUCAAGAUUUAUUUUUUUAUUUAUUAUACAAAAAUAAAUAUUUAUUAUAUAUUUAUUUUAUUUAUUAUACAAUAUAUAUAUAUAUUUUAACUGCAGCAUUUGCAGUUCAAAUUCAAAUUUUGGUGUUCAACUUUGCGUUUUAAAAAUACAACAACCGUUAAUUUUUGAUUACAGGUUAAAAAAAGGAAAAAUGAAUGGACGCAAAGUACACGGACCAAUGGGUAAUUUUAAAAGUCGUUAAUGAUUAUCAUGUGUUUAAACGAGAAACCAUAGCGAGAAACAAGCCAAUACAAAUUUGGGCGGUUUUUUGUGCAUUCUCGCGGUUUUUGACGAGGUUUUGGGCUGGAAAACCUUGCUGGCAUCUGGCAACCCUGAACACAGUUUAUACAGUGAACAAAACACUUCAAUGAAUCGAUUGACAGCCCUAGAAUAAAUACAUUUUAAACUAUCUUUUCAAUGCUAUUUUCAUGAUUUCUAAAACCUUUAAAAUGGAAAAUAAUUGCAAUAUUGUAGAAAAGAGAACAUAGAAAUGUAUUAUGUGGGCCAUUUGCCCUUUUUUAGGGUUGAACUGGUUCUUUGUAAGAGCAUUUCUGUCUUUAUAUUGUGGAAUAUUUUGCAAAUUUUUAAUAAAACUUUAUCAUUACAUAUUUUCUUUUCUUAGA